AUGAAGCUUGCAAAAGUAGAUACACAGCUUGGAAUACAUGAUGUAAGACUUGCAGAACAGGAUCUACGUUUACAAGUGUUAGAGACAACUUGUUAUGAUGGGAUUCUGAUAUGGAAGAUCAAAGAUUUCGCAAAACGUAAACGUGAAGCGCUAAAUGAAAGGACGUUAUCAUUUUACAGUCAACCAUUCUAUACCAGUAAAUAUGGCUAUAAGAUGUGUGCCAGGGUGUAUUUAAAUGGUGAUGGUAUGGGUAAAGGUACUCAUAUGUCAUUAUUCUUUGUCACCUUGGUACUCCUUGAUCAAGCCACAGGUCGACAUAAUCUCUCAGCUACAUUCAGACCUGAUCCAACCAAAAGUAGCUUCCAGCAACCCACUGAUGAUAUGAAUGUAGAUUCUGAUUGUCCACUAUUUGUCUCUCAGUCUGUAUUGGAAACUCCAACUUACAUCAAGAAUGAUACAUUAUACAUCAAGGUGGCUGUUGAUACAUCGGAUUUAUAUGGCCCAUAA